AUGGCUUCUUUCCCAAUGAUGAUGUUUCUCAUAAUUCUGUUGCUACCACACAUGCUUGCUGAAGGAAGGGUUCUGAUUCAGAUUCAGACAGAACUCACCAUAUCUGCUGAUCACAAGAAUAUCUUUGACCUGGUUAAAUGCCUUCUUGAAAAAGUAAUUUUGAAAUAUUCCAACAAAUUUUGCAAGGCUCCAACAAAUACCAACUAA